CCCGCCCUCCGCUGCUGGACGCGCGGCUCGGCCGGCCGCCGCCGCCUUGCUGGCCCCUCGCCCGCCCAGUCGCCCGGACCAUGGCCUCCGAGGUGGCGCGGCACCUGCUCUUUCAGUCUCACAUUGCAACAAAAACAGCUCAUACGUCCUCACAAGUGUCUGACCAUGAGCAGAAACAAAAAGAAGGUCCUCGCUCUUUAACCAUGUCUGGCCAUGUUGGUUUUGAGAGCCUGCCUGAUCAGCUGGUCAACAGGUCAAUCCAGCAAGGCUUCUGCUUUAACAUUCUCUGUGUGGGGGAGACUGGAAUUGGAAAAUCAACGCUGAUUGACACAUUGUUUAAUACUAAUUUUGAAGACCAUGAAUCCUCACAUUUUUACCCACAUGUUAGACUUAAAGCACAGACAUAUGAACUCCAGGAAAGUAACGUUCGAUUGAAACUAACCAUUGUGAAUACAGUGGGAUUUGGUGACCAAAUAAACAAAGAAGAGAGCUACCAACCAAUAGUUGACUACAUAGAUGCUCAGUUUGAAGCUUACCUCCAAGAAGAGCUGAAGAUCAAGCGCUCUCUCUUUAAUUACCAUGACUCCCGCGUGCACGUGUGCCUCUACUUCAUCUCCCCGACAGGCCACUCCCUGAAGACACUGGAUCUCUUGACCAUGAAGAGCCUGGACAGCAAGGUGAACAUUAUACCAGUGAUUGCCAAAGCAGAUGCAAUUUCUAAAACUGAAUUACAGAAGUUUAAGAUCAAGCUCAUGAGUGAACUGGUCAGCAAUGGUGUUCAGAUAUACCAUUUCCCAACAGAUGAUGAAACUAUUGCUAAGAUCAAUGCUUCAAUGAACGGACACCUGCCAUUUGCUGUGGUGGGAAGUAUGGAUGAAGUGAAAGUUGGAAAUAAGAUGGUCAAAGCUCGCCAGUAUCCCUGGGGCGUCGUACAAGUGGAGAACGAAAACCACUGCGACUUUGUCAAGCUCCGGGAGAUGCUCAUUUGUACAAACAUGGAGGAUCUUCGAGACCAGACCCACACAAGGCACUAUGAGCUGUACCGGCGCCGCAAACUGGAGGAGAUGGGCUUCAUGGACGUGGGCCCAGAGAACCAGCCACUCAGUCUUCAGGAGACCUACGAAGCCAAGAGACACGAGUUCUAUGGUGAGCGCCAGAGGAAGGAAGAAGAGAUGAAGCAGCUAUUUGUGCAGCGUGUGAAGGAGAAAGAAGCCAUCCUGAAAGAAGCUGAGAGAGAGCUCCAGGCCAAGUUUGAGCACCUUAAAAGAGUCCACCAAGAGGAGAAGCUGAGGCUGGAAGAGAAGAGAAGACUUCUGGAAGAAGAAAUCAUCGCUUUCUCCAAGAAGAAAGCUACCUCUGAGAUAUACCAGAACCAGACCUUUAUGACCCCAGGCAGCAACCUGAGGAAGGACAAGGACCGCAAGAACUCCAAUUUUAUGUAAAACAAAGGUUCCAGAUCACAGAAGGUCAUCACAAGCAAAAGCUAUUAAAAUGUUAGAAGUAUGCUUUGAUUUUCUUGCUGUUUUUAUUUGAUGUAUUACUUAUGCUGUAUUACUUAUUCUUUAUCUGGCAAAUGGCCACAGUUACUGCCAUUUAUGGGAAAAUACUUUUAAGUAUGAGGUCAAUAUAUAAGCCAGACUUGAUGGUAUUAUUCACUGUUAGUAGUUUAAGAUAAGUUUGUGAUGAAUUGAGAUAAUUUCCCCUGCUGCCCACUGCCUGUCACUAUACUGUGACAAGAGUGUCUGUUGGUGGCUUUGAAAAUACAGGACUCAUAUAUGUUAGGCUCUGAUUGCAUAUAUAUUCCAAGAUGAAUCUUUUGUGUACAUACCAAAGGUAUGUAAAGGUAAACUUUGGGGAAUAUGUUUUAAAAUGUAUUAUGUAUCUGAAACUCUAGCAGCUCAAAACUUUUAAAGUUUUGAUACAAUUAUCUAGUUGGAAACAUGAUCCUAAGCUUUUGUAUCAGAUUACAUAUUAUGUGCUUCAGCAUUGUGGUCCAUGUGUUGUUGUGAUAUGUUUAACAGCAGAAACACUCAGGUAAAUAAGCCCUUUUCUAGUGAUAAGUAACUUUAGAACUGGGUGUCCUCACACUGUGUGCAUUAGUCUGUAUUACAUAAUUGUUUAAAACUGUCUUCCAGGGUAAAUAAAGUUAAAUCAUCUUACUAAAAAUAUUUCUUAAGAAAAUAGCUAUGAACAUCUGAAUAUUAAAGAUAAAAAUUUAGGUAAUUCAUAUUGUAAAGGAUAUUUGAAUUCAGUGCCUUAGCAUUUGCAGAACAAUUUAAUGGUUUCUAACUUUUUCUUAACAUUUCAUUAAGUUUUCACUUUUUGUACCUGAAUAUUCUAAAUGAAACUGAUAUUUACUCUUGACAAAUAAAAUGUAUCUACAUAUUUACUAAACUGUGUUUAAAUCACUUUAACUUUUCUUUUUGCAAAUUGAUCUUAAACACUUUAUCAGAACUAGUUAAUUGUAUGUUUGAGUUAUUUUAAAACAGAGGUGGAUGAUCAGUACUUCUCAGACAACAGAAUGUUUUACACGGCACAUGUCAGAUUCUGAGCAGUGUAUUUUUCACGAAUUUCUGUUAAGUC